AUGAUAUACUCGGUGGUGCUUCUGUCUUUGAUCAUAUACUCAGCUAGAUCACUAUCAAUAGAUGAGAUCUUGGCUCAGCCCAUACCAGAUUACGCAAAAAAGCUUACUGGCAAAGCUCUUGUUGAUUACGUCAAUAAGCAUCAAUCUUUCUUCAAGGCAGAGUAUUUUCCGAAUGCUGAAUCAUUCAUGAAAACUCGAUUAAUGGAUGCUAGGUAUUUGAGAUCACUUGGAACUUCCAAUGUUGCUUCGGGCAAAACUUUUGACGGCGACCUUCCUGAAAGGUAUACUGGUGAUUUUGGAAAGCUCCUCCCCCCUUCCUUAUUGAAUUCCAAUGAAGAGAGUGAUUUUAGAUUUGAUGCGCGCGAGAAAUGGCCAAAUUGCCCUUCGAUAGGCUACAUCCGCGACCAGUCUGCUUGCGGUUCGUCACAACGUUGCUUCUCACACGUCAUGCAAAAACCACAUUACAGAUCGCAGAUGCGAUUAUCUUUUGUUGCUCAUGGUAUACCUUCAUAG